AUGCAUAAAACCCUUUUGCUUGGAUUUUUCAACAAUGCAAAUCACAUGCUUCGAGCUAAUGGUGAAAUUCAUGUUAGUCAUAAAACUACAGCACCUUUUAGCAACUGGAACUUAGAGAAUCUUGCUGCACAAUGCUUUUUGACAUUGAUCGAGUGUACUGACUUCAAUAGAGAAGAUUACCCAGGUUACAAUAACAAGAGAGGUGAUGGCUAUAGAUGUGAUGAACCCUUUCCACUUGGUAAGUGUAGCACAUACAAGUUUGUCAACACUCCUAAAGCUAAGCGAAAGCCUAAGAAGAGAAAUAGAAAGAGGGUUUCUCGACAACAAAUAAAUCUCCCAAUACAAGAGAUUGAGGAUGCUAUGGAGCGAUUACGAACUUCAGCUCAUCUCAAUUAUUAUCCUAAAACAAGUCAAUAUCUAAAAAUGAAAGAUGAGGUGACAUCAGUAGUUGCUUUAAAUAAUAGGCACACUUCUGUCACCGGGGAUCACUUAUGUAGCAUGGCAGAAGCACAUAGAAGAGGUGCUGCAUCUUGUGGCUAUUCUGCUCUUGGUAUAAGUCUAGGUCCUCCAAGAACAUUGCAACCAACGGCGGAGCCAUUGCAAUCUUGGCAACCAUGGCCAGCAUUUACUAAUGCUCUGACCGGUCAUGUUAGGACAAUGGAAACUGUUCCAAUGCUACCACUUGAUACUCCAAGAACAUCGCAACCAGUACAGCCAUUGCAAUCUUUGCAUCCAUGGCCAACAUCAAACAAUGUUAGAUACUCUCUGACAGAUGAGGAUAGAGCAAUGGAAACUGUUCGCCUAUCACUUGAUGCUGGGUAUCGGGUCUAUGGUGGCAGGUCAAAUUAUUUGCCAGAACAUGUUGGAACAAUGCACACUGUUCCCUUGUCACAUGAUGCCAGAAAUGGAGGUGAUUAUCAGGUUUAUGGUGGCAGGUCAAAUUAUUUGCUAGAACAUGGUGGAACAGUGCACACUGUUCCCUUAUCACAUGGUGCUAGAAAUGAAGGUGAUUAUCAGGUCUAUGGUGGCUGCUCAAAUUAUUGGCAACAAGAACUUGGCAGAAUAACAAAUCAGAGGGCAAGUUAUUCUCUUGACAGAUACAUUGGUCAAGUGCCUGGCAAGAGUGUUCAGAGUGAGCUUCAUAGAAUUAAUAUUUUGAUGUCAGAGAGAAGAAGGUUGUUUGUGAAGUCCUGA